AUGUGGUUUGGCGUCCGGUGCUCCAGAAACUUCUCCUACGUUCCUGCCUAUAUAAAUCUCUCGCCAUUCCACAGUCCUCACGUUCAAGACACAGCGAUUCGUACAGAGCGAGAGAGAGAUUGGUCUUCAGUUUCAAAAGCGAAAGUGAUUUUCUUCUGCCACCGAUCGCUAAGAUGUCGUACUCCAGAAGGUCAAGGUGGGUAUUCCUACUCUCCUUCCCCGAAACGAUACAGUAGGUCCCUUUCGAGGUCUGUUUCGAGGUCGAGGUCAAGAAGCCCAUCAGUUGAGAAUCCUGGGAACAAUUUGUAUGUGACUGGAUUGUCACCUCGGAUUACAAAGAGAGAACUCGAGAAGCACUUUGCAUCUGAAGGAAAAGUCAUUGAUGUACAUCUUGUGGUUGAUCCAUGGACAAGAGAAUCUCGUGGAUUUGGGUUUGUUACAAUGGAAAAUGUUGAUGAGGCUGACCGCUGUAUUAAGUAUUUAGAUCGCUCUGUACUUGAAGGCCGUGUCAUUACAGUGGAGAGGGCUAGAAGGCGGAGAGGGCGAACUCCUACUCCUGGAAGGUAUCUUGGGCUGCGAACAAUUCGUGUGCGUCGACGAACUCCUAGUUAUUCACCUCCUCGUAGAUCUCCUACCUACUCACCUUAUCGGAGGAGCUGUAGCCAGUCACCUCAUUCAUCAGAUCGAAGCAGGAGCAGGUCAUACUCUCCACACUACAGGAGGAGGAGAUCAUACUCUCCUGACUACAGUCGGCAUAGAUAUUACUCUCGGUCUCGCACCCCUUACAGCAGGUCACCAGUGAGACAGCAUGCCCGGGGCUACUUGCCAUAUGACUCAAGGGAGUAUUCACCAGAUGACUCUUACUAUGGGAGGAGGCAUCGUUACAGGGAGUAUUCACCAGAUGACUCGUACUACGGAAGGAGGUAUGUUUCUCCUAGUGUCUCUCCAAGGGCAAGAAGGAGAUCAAGGAGGAGCUACUCACCCAGCAUCUCUCCCAGGCCCAGGAGGAGUUACAAGAGGAGCUACUCACCCAGUGUUUCGCCCAGGCCCAGGAGGACAUCUAGGAGGAGUUACUCCCCCUACUCCCCUAGUCCUUCGCCCAGGCCUAGGAGGUCCUCUAGGAGUAUUUACUCCCCUAGUGUUUCACCUGAACCGAAAAAGAAGAGGUCAGGGAAGAGUUACUCCCGAAGUGUAUCUCCUGGACGCAGGAGCUCAAGGUCUUACAGGGAAUCGUCUAGGAGAAGCUACUUGAGACAUCGGAGUCCGAGUGUGAGUGCGAGUUCCAGAUAUAUUUCAAGAUCUGCUAGUCGUAGUUCUACUUCACCUUCAUCGUGA